UCACCACCACCUCCCGUGCACACCUCCACCCCCGUCCCUCGCCCCACUAUGCCGUCCCUCGCCCGCACCGGUCUCGUCGCGCUCGUCGCCGCGGCCAAGCUCGCCCUCGCCCAGGACGACGUCUCGUCCUCGCAGUUCUGGCAUGAGCGCUACCACGGCCUCCUCUCGAUGGCCGCCUACAACUCGGACCCGACCACCGCCUGCGCCCAGACGUUCGACCAGGCUGCACUGGAGAGCUCGUUCCCUGGCUCGACCGCCGCUCCCUGGACCUACGUGCAGGGAUUCGGCCCGACCGUCAGCGGUGGCGAGGGCUUCGUCGCCGUCAUUCCCGAGAUGGACAAGGUUGUCAUGGUCUUCAAGGGCAUGUUCGGCUGGGAGUCGACCUUCAACCAGUCGACCGUUGACGUCGGCCAGCUCUUCUACAUCGGCGACAGCUGCCAGAACUGCACGGCGCACGCUGCGGCGACCCAGGCCUACAUCGAGGCCAAGGAGAUCACCAACGACUGGGAGCUCGUCAAGUACUACGUCAACACGACCGGCGCGCAGUGGUCCAUCACCGGACACGGCUUCGGCGGCAUGGUCGCCCAGGUCGCCUCGCUCGACCUCGGCUGGCGCGGCCUGUCGCACUGGACGCACAACCACGGUGCCGCCCGCGUCUUCAACCCGGCCGCUGCGACGCUCAUGAACAGCCUGUACGGCGGCGAGGCGGGCCAGCGUGUCAUCGCCAACGACGACCCGGUCCCGACCUACAUCCCCGAGUCGGACGACUACACGUUCGCCCUCCAGGGCUUCCACAUCCUCGGCAACGGCACGAGCAACGCGACUUACGGCUACGACUUCACCGUCUGCAACGACCCGAGCGACGAGGCGUGCCACGGUACUGCUAGCGGCCCGAUCGACGACCACCUCUCGUACUACACGCCGAUCGGCCAGUGCGGCAAGCCCUACUACGGCACCAACGACACUGUCGCCGAGGCGUACCUCGCGACUGCCUCGUCGGCCUUCUACGCGACCGCCACCUCGACUUUCACUACCCCUUCCUCGACUCCUGUUACCUCGACUACGUCCGAGGUUCCCUCUUCCUCCUCCGCCGCCGCCGAGGUGAGCGCGACCGUCUCGGCCGGCGCCGUUGCUGCCGACGCCGCCGCAUCGGGCGCGACGACGUCCAACACGGCCAACGACGCCAACGGCGCGUCGGCCGUCGGCGUUGCCGGCUCGCUCGUGGCCCUCGUCGGCGCCGCAUCUGCCUUCCUCGCCUAGACGCCCCUCCCCCUACCUUGUCCAGUUCCCCUCUCUUCCACCAGUCGCUCCUUCUCCCUACCCGUGCAUGCAAGGACACUCCCCGCCGUUUUCGUGAUCUAGAUUUCCUCCCUCUCUCUCUCUCUCUUUCGGUCUUCCCGCAACACUCGUUUUCUGCCCAGCACACGCGCAAGCUAUACCUUAUGCCUUCCCUGCCCUCCUCUAGCGUUCCCCCCCUGCACACACACUUUGGCCGUCUC